AUGAAUCAAGACUAUGAGAUCUCCUUGGAUCAAAUCAAUGACAUUGUGGGGGCCCCAACGGAAAACACAUUUGGCCCCACUGAUCCAAUCCAAGGAUACUAUGACAUGACUUGGUGGACCCAGCUCACCCAAUUGCAUCCAUAUGUCUCUAGCGCUGCUAAAGCCUCAUCACUUAUCCAUCCUGUGAUUAAGGUAGCUCACAUAAUCAUUGCUUCGCUCGUCGCCCCUAGAGAGGAGCGAAGCACCAUUAGCGCGCUGGAACUUAAAAUCUAUGCAAUGACCCAUCCCAAGAAUAACCUCAUUCCUCAUUAUGGUCGGUUUCUGUGCCACAAGCUCAUCCGCCUUAGCGCAUCCCGAUCAGGAAAGAUUGUUUGCGGGGGUAUUGUCAGCAUGCUCGCCAAGAGCGCCCACAUCCGAGCCCCAUUCCCCGGUCCCCACCAGCCACUGCCGGGUGAGCCUUAUCUCACCACUGCUAUCCUUGAGUCAAUGCAAAUCUUCCGCUCGGCAGGCGAUGGUACACACCACUGGACCGCCGAUGAGCAAAGCGAAGAAAACAAGGAAGAAGGUGAUGAUGAUGAAGGAGAGGAGGAGCCUCACCAUGCUUCUCCCACCGGUGGUGGCAGCUCAUCCCGUUUUGCUGCACCCCCGCCUUAUCAUCAACAAUAUAUGGACGAAUUCCAAUCAAUCCAUACCCGCCUCGACACCUAUCAGCAGGAUAUUACCAGCCUGACCCAGAAUUUUUCCACCUUCACCACCCAGUACGCUCGGAAUCAAGAGCGUCAACGCAAACAUGAGGCGGACUUCUGGGCUUGGACCCAAAACCCCAGCUACUAUCCUCCUCCUCCACCUCCGUUUUAG